AUGCAGAACAACCACACUAAGGAGCACCUCUACAAGAUCCUGGUCAUAGGAGACCUGGGCGUAGGCAAGACCAGCAUCAUCAAGCGCUAUGUGCACCACAAUUUCAGCCCAAAUUACAGAGCUACCAUCGGGGUAGACUUUGCCCUCAAAGUGCUCAACUUGGACCAGGAGACCGUACGUCUUCAGCUGUGGGACAUCGCAGGACAGGAGAGAUUUGGUAACAUGACCCGCGUAUACUACCGCGAGGCAAUGGGUGCCUUCAUCGUGUUUGACGUGACAAGGCCCGCCUCAUUUGAGGCAGUCACCAAAUGGAAGGAGGACUUGGACUCCAAAGUGACAUUAGCCAAUGGGAAGCAUGUGGCCACGGUGCUCCUGGCUAACAAAUGUGACCAAGGACGGGAUGUACUCACCAAUAAUGGAAUAAAGAUGGAGCAGUUCUGCCAGGAGAAUGGCUUUGUCGGGUGGUUUGAGACAUCUGCUAAGGAAAACAUCAACAUUGACGAGGCAGCGAACUGUUUGGUGAAACACAUCAUCUCCAGUGAGAACGACAUGCUCCAGUCAGAGGUCCCGGACACCAUCACUCCCCAGUUAGAGACAGACAGAGGCGGGACAUGCUCGUCCUGCUUCAGAUCGCAGUAA